AUGCGCUUAACCAGCUUACUAAUUGAAUACGGACACACGACCAUCGGCACGUACACAGAUAUCACAAUUUCGACGCAACCCAUCUGGGCAUUUAGUGUCCAAGUACAAAAGGCAGCUUCGAUAACAUCCCCUCCGACAUUAACCUCUGCCGAUAUAUCCGCGUUGUCCAUCCCUCUUGCCACAUCUAGCCCAACUUCCAGCACAAAUCCUAGCAUAAUUAUAAGCUCAACUCCGGAUACGACCCCUACGGUACAGACUGCGUUGACUUCAACGAAUGCGAUAGCUUCAACGAGUUCAAUACCACCUGCCGGUACGUUACCAGGUGGUGCGAUUGCUGGUAUCGUAAUAGGAGUCCUUGGGGCAUUAGCGCUGGGGAUCGUGGGCACGUUUUUACUUAUGCGUCGAAGGAAGUCACAAAAUAUCCCUACCAAUUCCAGUCAUUCUCAACUAGGCCAACAACAACUCGUCCAUGAGCCAGAAAGGGUCAUCUAUGAGUUGGGCGUGGGGGAGAAAGGCAUCCAUGAGUUAGACGAACAACGCCGUCCGUCUGAAAUGUCUGCGUGGGCCAGACGUUAUUCCCGGAAGUCCAAUAAGCAAAUGGCGUGGGAGCUGCCCGCAUGA